AUGUGGCUUCCCACUGAAAAAACGAAUAUGUGCGGCUCAAAGCAAUGCUACAGUUCACAGAAGAGCUUCACUGCAACUCUCAACUGGGGUUUGUAUUUUGAGAAAUACAUUCAUGGCCCAGUAACGGGUGUUUUCGUAAAGGACACGGUCCGCCUUGGUUCGUUCACCACCGAACAGAUCUUUGCAGAGGUGAAUGAUGUUUCUGGGUUAGGCGAAAUGUAUGUUGAGGCAGAGUGGGAUGGUGUCAUUGGGAUGGGAUGGCCUUCCGUUUUCGGAUUCGCUAUUAGGCCAACGAUAUUUUCUCUCUUUAACAGUUAUGAAAAUAUUCCAAACCAGUUCGCUUUUUAUUUGCCCAAGAAUCCCGAUAUAAAAGGUGAGCUUGUACUCGGUGGGUAUGAUCCUAACCAUUUUUACGAUGACCUCAUUACUGAAAGGGUAACAUCCACUACCCGCUGGACGGUCGUCAUUUUUUCAGUGAAUAUUGGCUAUACGGUUCUUAACUGCAUGGUUACAGCUGUUAUAGAUUCGGGUUCCACAUUUUUCAAUGUACCGAAGGCAGCUUUUGAAAAAAUUGUUCAUGAAACUGGCACGAAAAUGAAUCAAGGAGGGUAUAUAAUUGACUGCAUGAGGGUGCCUUUUCUCCCAAAUAUUGAGUUGGAAAUUGGUGGUUCAAUAUGGAUUUUCACUGGUGAAGACUACACAAUUAACAUGGGAAAUAAAAUAUGCAUCCUUGCAAUAUCCCCUCUGGAAUCUGAUCUUGUUGAUAAAACAACCUGGAUUCUAGGAGAGAUUUUUCUCAAACAUAUCUACACCGUUUUUGACGCAGAUAAGUCCACAGUAAGUUUUGCUUAUGCUAAAUAG